AUGUGCAUCGCCAACUACAUCCACUACCAUCACAUACCCCCCUGUACCCGUCCCAUCACCUACAGUUACCACUACACAUUCUGCGCCGCAGCCCACUACGACCCCAUAACCAGUCAUCCCCUCAAGCCUUGCGACAGCGUCUCCACCAGUUCCCCCUACGGCGACCUCAACGACCCGUGCUCUAUGAGCCAGUGCAUGGUCGACCGUCGCUGCAGCUCAGGAGAGUGUCGGCUCGAAGAUCUCAACGGCAGAUUCGACCGCCCAUGUUUCCAUUCUUGGCUCUUUUGCGAGCCACUCGAUGACUAUCGACGUCCGCAAAGAAGCGGGCUACAUACAAGAGAUGAAGAACAAAAUACAAUCACAAGUGACACUCCUCAAUCACAAAGUAUGGACAGCCGACCGAGCGGUUUCACAGUGAUGGACGUUUUAGCGACCUCAAGGGACUCUCUCUUUUCCUCUGGCCUGUAUAUCGACAACCCAUAA